AUGUCCUACACCAAGUCCUUGCUCCUCGCCCUCGGCAUCUCCGCUGUCCAGGCGGUCCCCAAGCCUCGAGGUGACGAGGGCAUCCGAUGGGGGAAGUGCGACAUCGACACGCAGGGCCUACCAGUCGAGUGCGCCAAGCUUACCGUGCCGCUCGACUACUCUGACGACUCUUGCGAGGAUACCCUGGACCUCGCCCUAAUCCGGUACCCAGCGCAGAACGGACCCUCUCAGGGGACAAUCAUGCUCAACUUUGGCGGCCCCGGCCAAGACGGAUUAAACAGCAUGAUCAGCUACGCGCCGAUACAGGGACCGGUUACAGGUGGCCAAUUCGACCUUGUGAGCUGGGAUCCCCGCGGGACCGGCCAGACCCUCCGCUUUGCCUGCUUCGAGCCGGAAGAAAUCGGCGUGACGUUAGCCCAUGAGCUCCCGGACGAGUCGCCCGAAGUCCGCCAGAGGGUCUGGGACGAGGCCGGCUACAUCGCGGGGAACUGCAGCGAGCGGCUCAGUGAGACAGGUGACCUCGUGGGAACGGCUUUUACCGUGAGGGAUAUGUUCCAGAUUGUCGACGCGCUCGGCGAGGAUGGGAUGCUGCGAUACUGGGGUAUCUCCGGUGGCACUACGCUCGGCGCGACGGCUGCGGCCAUGUUCCCUGACAGGAUCGACAAAGUCAUUCUCGACGGCGUUAUGAACGCCCACGAAUACUACCACAGCGUAGGAGAGACGAACAUCGUCCUCACGGCCGACGAUACCUUCCUAGGGUUUAUCAACGCGUGUUUUGAUAAUCCCAAAAAGUGUCCCCUCGCCACCAUCACAGACUCUCCUGAUGCCGCGCUCAAGGUCAUCGUCGACACUUUCGAGACGCUUAAGACGGAGCCGCUCCUCGUCCCUGUAGAGGACGCCGACCCUGUCGCCAUUACCUAUUCCAUCGCCAAUUCCUUCACCCUCAGCACACUCUAUCGCCCCAACUCGUACCAGCUCCUCGCUAGCAUUCUCACGGCCGUCGUCAAGAGGGACACAGUCGCGCUAGUGGAAGCCUUCUCGGGUGAUGGUAGCCCGAGCGCCGUCCCGCAGCAGGGUCAGGCCGUCAUGGGCAUCCGCUGUGGCGACAAGAUCCCGCGGGUGGACGAUCUGUCAGACCUCGACGAGGUAGACGAAGACUUCCGCGAGACCAGCAAGUACUUCCCGGGUUUCGGCGUCGGCUACUACGUCUACGCGUGCGCGCAAUGGGGCUUCGAGGCAAAGGAGCGCUACGAGGGCGACUUCCAAGUCCGUACAUCGUCCCCGCUGCUGUUCAUCGGGAACACAUACGACCCUGUCACACCGCUCGCAUCGGCGAGGAACAUGAGCGCGGGCUUCGAGGGCUCCGUGGUGCUACAGCAGGACGGUUUCGGACACACCUCGAUUGCGCAGACCUCGAACUGCACGAACGAGGCCAUCGCAAAGUACUUCGCCGACGGGACGCUGCCGGAGGAGGGCACUGUUUGCGCGCCGAACCACCCACUUUUCGCAAACGAUGAGGAGAUCUAG